CUAACCAAUAACUGCGGUGGAAGCAACAAGGUUCUCCCCCCUCCUCGCACCCACCCGCCCUUCCCAAGAACGGGGGGAAAUCACAGACGUCAAUCAAGAAAUACUGCAAAAUAAGAUGGACCCUCCCGGCAGCCGAGGCAUCGCGCAGAGCAGCGGUGAGGCUCUGGCAGUGUGCUGGCAGCCGCCAGCCCUGCAGCUCCGCCGCUGACCGGGGAGCGCACGGGGCUCCGCAGCCCGGCUCUUUCCUUCCCUCCCUUCCAAAACUGUCAGGCACAAAUGGGCAGGAGGAUAUUGGCUGCAAGGGGCGCGGAGGCUCCUCCCAGAGCCUGGAUCCCGAUAUUUUUGGAGGAUUUCUUCUAACUCAGUUACAAACCUUGGGGAAGGGAACAAGUUGCCGCUGUAGCGGAGGCAGAACGCGCCUCUGCUUGGGAGAGCGCGGCUCUCGCUCCUUCUUUCGCCUUCCCAAGACUACCUUGGAUGCUUCACCUCACUUGCGGAUGAGAGCUGUGCUGCCUGUUGGGGGGGACCGCUCCUGAUUUGGAUGUUGCUGUUUUUGUGAAAGCAAGGGUUGUAAGGGAAUGAAAGGGGAGACAAUGAAGAAAAACCGACCGGGAGAGAGCCCCAGCCCAAAGCGUUUUCCCGAGAACUGACGGGUGUUUUGGGGCUGAGCGAUCCCGUCGGAGGCGGCGGAGGGAGCGAGCCUGCCCGCUCCGCGGGGGACUUCCCGGGACCGGCUAUUCCCUUCGGAUGCGGACUAGGAAACCUGCAGGAAAUUCUCCCGCCGCCCUGCGAAGCCACCAUGAAUUCAGUGGCUGGAAAUAAGGAGAGGAUUGCGGUCACGGCGCGGAGCAGAAAAUAUGGGGUGACCGAGCCCUGCUCCCCCACCAAGCCCGCCGCCCCCUUCUCCCCCGAGAGCUGGUACCGGAAGGCGUACGAGGAGUCCCGGGCGGGCGGCCGCCCGGCGCCGGAGGGAGCUGGCUCUGCCCUGGGCUCCUCCGGCACCCCGUCCCCGGGCUCCGGCACCUCUUCGCCCGGCUCCUUCACCGGCUCGCCGGGACCCGCCUCGCCCGGCAUCGGCACCAGCUCCCCCGGCUCCCUGGGCGGCUCGCCGGGCUUCGGCACCGGCUCGCCGGGCUCCGGCAGCGGCGGCGGCUCCUCGCCGGGCUCGGACCGCGGCGUCUGGUGCGAGCACUGCAACGCCCGCCUGGCGGAGCUGAAGAGGCAGGCGCUGAAGCUCCUCAUCCCCGGGCCCGUCUGCAGCAAGGACCCAGGUUUCUCCUCGGUGAUCCAUGAGAAGCUCCAAGUUCCCAAUACCAUUCGUAAGGCAUGGAAUGAGAAGGACAACAGAUGUGACGUUUGUGCCACACACCUGAACCAGCUGAAGCAAGAGGCCAUUCAGAUGGUGCUGACCUUGGAGCAAGCUGCCAACUCAGAACAUUAUGAUGCCUCACCAGGCUCUCCCCCACCUCUCUCCAACGUCCCCACGUUGGUGAGUCCCCGGCACAUGGGCAGCCUGCAGCCCAGGGACUGGGCCUACGUGCCUGCUCCUUAUGCUCCAUCUAAUUAUACAGGCUUUGUUGCCAACAAACACAGCGGAAAACCCAACAGUCUAGGAAUUGGAAAUGGGGUGGAGAAAAAAAAUGGCUCUCCUGGACACCAAGCCAAGGUCAGCUUUCAAAUGGCCACCAGCCCCAGCAAUGGCAAUGUUCUCAACUCUGUGGCUAUCCAGGCCCACCAGUACCUUGAUGGCACCUGGUCUUUGUCAAGAACGAAUGGAGUCACUCUCUACCCCUACCAAAUAUCUCAGCUUAUGACAGAGACUAGUCGAGAGGGGCUGACUGAAGCAGCACUGAACCGCUACAAUGCAGACAAACCCUCCCUGUACAGCUUCCCUGCUUCCCAGAGCACAUAUGUUGCCAGUGAAGUAUCCACAGGCACCUCGGUGGCAGCAUCAUUUUUUGCCAGAGCUGCUCAGAAAUUGAACCUGUCUUCCAAAAAGAAGAAGCACAGGCCUUCUGCAUCAUCUGUUCCUGAAUCUCCUCUCUUCUCUACCUGCUUCAGCAGUAUCCUUCAGACUUCCCCACCCCCUGCACCACCAUGUUUGUUGAGGGCAGUCAGCAAAGUGAAAGACACUCCUGGUUUGGGCAAGGUCAAGGUCAUGGUGCGCAUUUCUUCCACGCUUGCCAGAGACACGUCUGAGUCCAGCUCUUUCCUAAAAGUUGACCCCCGCAAGAAGCAAAUCACACUGUAUGACCCAUUGGCCUGCGGAGGCCAGAAUGCUUUCCAGAAAAGGGGCAGCCAGGUUCCACCCAAGAUGUUUGCUUUUGAUGCAGUUUUCCCUCAAGAUGCAUCACAGGCUGAAGUAUGUGCUGGGACUGUGGCUGAGGUGAUCCAGUCUGUGGUCAAUGGGGCAGAUGGCUGCGUGUUCUGCUUUGGUCAUGCCAAGCUUGGGAAGUCAUACACCAUGAUUGGGAAGGACGAUUCCAUGCAAAACCUUGGAAUAAUUCCUUGUGCCAUCUCGUGGCUAUUCAAGUUGAUUAAUGAACGCAAAGAGAAGACAGGAGCGCGCUUCUCGGUCCGGAUUUCUGCAGUGGAAGUGUGGGGGAAAGAAGAAAAUCUGAGAGACCUGUUGUCAGAAGUGGCUACAGGCAGCCUGCAAGAUGGCCAGUCCCCAGGUGUCUACCUUUGUGAAGACCCCAUUUGUGGCAUGCAGCUCCAGAAUCAGAGCGAGCUGCGUGCCCCCACGGCAGAGAAGGCCGCCUUCUUCCUGGACGCCGCUAUCGCCUCCCGCCGCAGCAGCCAGCGGGACUGCGACGAGGAGGAUCACCGCAACUCCCACAUGCUCUUCACGCUGCACAUCUACCAGUACCGCAUGGAGAAGAGCGGCAAGGGCGGAAUGUCUGGAGGCCGCAGCCGCUUGCACCUUAUUGACCUGGGCAGCUGCGUGAAAGUGCUCAGCAAGAGCCGCGAGGGAAGCUCUGGCCUCUGUCUGUCCUUGCCAGCGCUGGGCAAUGUCAUCCUCGCCCUUGUCAACGGGAGCAAACACAUCCCAUACAAAGACAGCAAGCUGACCAUGUUGCUCCGAGAGUCCUUGGGGAAUAUGAACUGCCGCACCACGAUGAUAGCUCACAUUUCAGCUGCUGCGGGGAACUACGCUGAGACGCUCUCCACCAUCCAGAUUGCCUCAAGGGUCCUCAGGAUGAAGAAAAAGAAAACUAAGUACACAUCAAGUUCUUCUGGAGGCGAGAGCUCCUGUGAGGAGGGCAGGAUGCGGAGGCCAACCCAGCUGAGACCAUUCCAUUCUAGAAACACUGUGGACCCAGACUUCCCUAUUUUACAUUUAUCAAGUGAUCCUGAUUAUUCAUCCAGCAGUGAGCAGUCAUGUGACACGGUGAUUUAUGUUGGCCCCAAUGGCACUGCCCUUUCUGACAAGGAACUGACAGAUAACGAGGGUCCCCCUGACUUUGUUCCCAUAGUUCCUGCUCUGCAAAAGACCAAAAAUGAGGGCAGGUUGGAGGAAGUUAGUGAAUCAGGGCCCAGCACAGCUGAAAGAGACUGCCUGAAGUGCAACACCUUUGCAGAGCUCCAGGAGAGACUGGAUUGCAUAGACGGCAGUGAAGAGACUGACAAAUUUCCCUUUGAAGAGAUGCCUGCUCAAUUUAGCUCAGACCAGAUGUCUAAGUGUGCUGUCUCAAGCCAGCUGGCAGAGCUGAGCCACUUACCAGAGUCAGAUAAGGAAGAUACGAUGCCAGAAUGUCAGCAUCCUGAUAGAGAAGCCAAGGAAAAUACAAAUACAACACCCAGCAAAACUAGGAGAAAUCACUCCCCUGUUCCUUCUGGAGCUCUUACCAAUCUUUCAACUCCUUCUUCUCCCAGGAGUGUAACAGGCAGCUCUAGUAAAGAACUUAACUCUUGUCAGUUAGCACACAGCACCAGCUUGCAGAGCAGCAGAGAAGGGCUCAACACCUCUGGAUUUGUGGAAGGCAAACCUCGGCCAAUGGGUUCACCCCGGCUUGGCAUUGCAAGCCUCUCAAAGACAUCUGAGUAUAAGCCACCAACUUCUCCUUCCCAGAGAUGCAAGGUCUACACACAGAAAGGAGUCCUGCCCAGCUCCACUCCCCCACCAGCUCCCCUGAGUAAGGAUGCUGCCAUGACAUCUACUGAAUCGUUAUUACAGCCAGAAAUCCGGACCCCGCCUGUAGGCAUGAGCCCUCAGAUUAUGAAAAAGUCAGUGUCAUCCAACAAUGGGGAUUUUGAAGAGACCGUUCUCAAUGAAGAUGAGCAGCAAAGCAUUUCUCCAGAAUCCAAGAAGGAGAUUCUGAGCACAACCAUGGUGACUGUGCAGCAGCCAUUGGAGCUGAACGGAGAGGAUGAGCUUGUGUUCACACUUGUGGAAGAGCUGACCAUUAGUGGUGUCCUUGACAAUGGGCGCCCGACCAGUAUCAUCAGUUUUAACAGUGACUGCUCUGUGCAGGCUUUGGCCUCUGGCUCUAGGCCAGUCAGUAUUAUCAGCAGUAUCUCUGAAGAUCUUGAAUGUUACUCCAGUGCAGCUCCUGUGUCUGAAGUCAGCAUCACACAGUUUCUUCCUCUUCCAAAGCUGAGUCUGGAUGACAAGCCCCAAGACGAUGGCAGCAGGCGCUCAUCCAUCAGCUCGUGGCUGAGUGAAAUGAGCACAGGGAGUGAUGGUGAACAGUCGUGCCACAGCUUCAUAGCCCAGGCGUGCUAUGGGCAUGGGGAAGCUAUGGCAGAACCCCCUGUCUCCGAGUUUGCAAGCACCAUACAAAGUGCCAGCAUGAUUUGUGUAAGUGACAAACAGAAGUCAGUGACUGACAACAUGCUUAUAAUGUCGGAAAUGGGGGAGGAAGCUUUUGGCAAAGCGCCACCCAUCAAAGGCUGUAAAAUAUCAGCUGUAGGCAAAACUACUGUCACAAUCAAAAACACAGCAAGUCUCAGCAGCUGUGAUGGCUACAUCCCAAUGAAGACGAACAUUACUGUGUAUCCAUGUAUUGCUGUUAAUUCCUUCAAAGCUCAAGACACUGAUGAUGCUGUACCUGCUGUAACUGCAGACCCAAAGGCUGUUCAUCCCCAUGAUGGGAAAGAAUCCACUGCUAAGAAGGUUAUCAAAUUUGAAGACCCUUGGUUGAAGAGAGAAGAAGAUGUUAAAAAGGACAGCUCUGGCAGCAGUGAUGGGCCAAGGCCUGAUACAGUUGUAGUUUCAGCCAAGCCUGAGAACAGCACAAAACAGUCCUCCACAGACAGGUUUAGCACCAGCAGUGGGGACACAUCUAUUUCCCCAGGAUCUGACAGUCUAAAAAGGAUUGUGGAUGGCUGUGAGGUGGCAGCAUCCAGCUCUGCAACCCAAAGCCCUGUUCAUUCCAGUGAUGGCUUGAAGAAUUGUAGCCUCCCUCGAGGGCUCCCAAAGGCAAGUAAGGUGGAGGAAUCUGACAGUCAUCUCCAUCCUACUUUUACUGACAGCAGUUCUCCUGCCAUCCCCCAGUUUUCUAAGGCUAGUCUUGACAAGAAAAUGGCCUCUCCCAAACACUGCAUACUCACUCGUCCCAAAGGGACCCCUCCUCUACCACCUGUGAGAAAAUCAAGCUUGGAUCAGAAGAACAGAGCCAGCCCCCAGCACAGUGCAGCCAGCAGCACCACAAGCAGUCCCUCCAGCCAGCCUGUGUCCUUCCUGGCCAGCUUCCCUGAGGAGCAGAAUGCCAAACUAAAAGGCCCUGGCAUAGACAGCAGUGUCAGCAACAGCAGCAGCAAGCUCUUCAGUGCCAAGCUGGAGCAGCUCGCCAGCAGGACCAACUCCCUAGGGAGGUCCACAGGAAGCCACUAUGAGUGUUUGUCGCUGGAAAGAGCAGAAAGUCUGUCCUCUGUGAGCUCCAAAAUGAGCCCUGGUAGAGACACCACCAUGCCUAGGGCUGGAAGGAGCCUCAGCCGCAGUGCCAUGUCGUCACCCACCAACUCGGGCCUCUCCCACUCGGCAGGUGCCUCCCCAAAAGCCAGCCAGUCAAAGAUCUCUGCUGUCAGCAAGCUCCUGCUGGCAAGUCCCAAGGCCCGCAGCCUCUCUGCCUCUGCCACCAAAACGCUCAGCUUCUCCACCAAGUCUCUGCCCCAGUCCGUAGGGCAGAGCUCCAGUUUGCCCCCAAGUGGGAAGAACAUGUCCUGGUCAAUGCAGUCCCUCAGCAGAAGCCGAGGCUCCAGCCUUGCUUCCAAAUUGCCCCUUCGGGCUGUCAAUGGGCAGAUUUCUGAGCUGCUCCAGGGGAGUACCAGUGCCAGAGGCGUACAGCUGCCGGGAAGCCUAGAGCCAGACGAGCGCGGGGGCCUUCCCGGAGACGAGAAGCCAGCUGUUCACAUGCUGCCUUCACCUUACAGCAAGAUCACCCCUCCUCGGAAACCUCACCGCUGCAGCAGCGGCCACGGGAGCGACAACAGCAGCGUCCUGAGCGGGGAGCUGCCCCCUGCCAUGGGGAAAACAGCCCUCUUCUACCACAGUGGGGGCAGCAGUGGCUACGAGAGCAUGAUGAGGGACAGCGAGGCCACGGGGAGUGCCUCCUCAGCGCAGGACUCCAUGAGUGAGAACAGCAGCUCUGCCAGUGGCAGAUGCCGGAGCCUCAAAACCCCAAAGAAACGAUUAAAUGCGGGUUCACAGAGGAGGAGGCUUAUUCCAGCUUUAUCCCUUGACACUGCCUCCCCAGCAAGGAAGCCUGCCAACAGCCCCGGGGUGCGCUGGGUGGACGGGCCACUGCGGAGCGGGCAGAGGGGGCUGGGGGAGCCCUUUGAGAUCAAAGUCUAUGAGAUAGAUGACGUGGAGAGGCUCCAGCGACGGCGAGGUGGGGACAGCAAGGAGGUGAUAUGUUUCAAUGCCAAGCUGAAAAUCCUGGAGCAUCGCCAGCAGAGAAUCGCUGAGGUCAAGGCCAAGUAUGAGUGGUUAAUGAGGGAACUGGAGGUGACCAAACAGUACCUGAUGCUGGAUCCUAAUAAGUGGCUCAGUGAAUUUGAUCUGGAGCAGGUAUUUGAGCUGGAUUCUCUGGAAUACUUGGAGGCCCUGGAAUGUGUGACUGAGCGUUUGGAAAACCGUGUCAACUUCUGCAAGGCCCAUCUCAUGAUGAUCACCUGUUUUGAUAUCACCUCUAGACGCCGGUAAAGGAUGAACCUCGAGAGGAUUUCAAUGCACAUCUCUGCCAUCCUCCUUUUCCCUUCCAAACAGCAUCCCAAAGACAAAAGAAUGAGGAUGAAGGUUGGAGUCAAGUCUCAUCUGUGUGUAUGAGAGAUUUGCUAUACUAUACAGAGGAGUAGUGUUGAAAAACCAAACAGAACAAGCAUGGAAAAUGGAGAUAGAAGGUUGUUGAUACUCUUAGCCUAAAAGAGCACUUUGUGGAACCUUUUAAGGACAUGUCUGUAAAUAAGAACUGCUGGCAGAAGACACUUCUUUCCCUGCAUUAGCUGAGGAAGGAGGAAAGGUGGUUGUGGGACUUCCAUUGAGAGGUUCAUUAAAAGAAAACCUAUCCAGAAAAACUGUUCAAGUGCCUUGCAAAUCUUUGUUAUCCAAACAUUUAUGUUCAUACUUUAUUGUGUACAGAUGGUGCUAGUCAAGAAAAGAAAAAGGAAAAAAAAAAGCAAAUACACUUUUGAAAUGUAUUUACAGCUUGUUUUUCUCUUGGUGUUUUCUCCUAUUUCAGACUUGCUGUUUCUAAGUAACUUGUGUUUGUAGAGAUAUUUCCUAAUCAGUACAACAUAUGAAUAAAUGUUAACUGUCUUUUCUUGUUACCAGAGUAAGGCCACUCAAAGAGAAAUUCAGCUUCCCAGAUGACACAAACAUAUUUCUAGCAGAGAAUAAGGUUUGUUUAAAUGCUCUUCUGUACUCUCUUAUAUGCUGGAGAACACCGUCAUUUUCCCAGCCUGUAGGUUUUGCAGUGUAUGAAACAGAAGCGACAUUACUGUGAAGUAAAUAUCUUUUCAAUUUGAUCCAACCCCCAUAACUUGUUUUCUUGUUCAUAUAUGUUUUGCUUUGUACUGGCUGGAGUUAUGAAUGAAGAAGUACUUUUAUCCUAACCCCUUUUUCUGGUGCUAGUAACUUGCUGGAAAAGUGCCCUCUAAGCUAAGUGUUCCCAUGUUUAUCAGUCCAAAAAUGAGUGAUUUGUUCUUUCUUGAGACUAUGACUGAUAAAAUUUAGCUCCAUCUCUUUAUGACAUAUACCACUGUGAGACAUUUUUUGUCAGCUUCUGAGCCCUGGCCCAGUGUGUCCAUACUCACAGAUGUACCUGAGGAGUGCAGGCUCUGCUCAGCUCAGCACAUCAGGAAAUAAAGCAAAUGAGUAGAUACUUCAGGCAAGUUUGCUAUGCCAUCUUUACUAAUCCUCAGUACCUGAAGCCAUGGCAAAAUUCAUAUUGGCAUCAAAAGGACAAGGGUCUGCACCUCCCUAUGCAUCCAGUUAUUCUACUAGUUGGCCUCUUUAUCUACAAAACAAUAUGUGGGAAGGAAUAUCCUUUGUAUUUCAUAAACAAAUGUGCAAAACCGCAUUUUAAUCACAUAAGAGCAUGAAGAAUUAUUUUUUUGAAUUAGGUUUCUUAUUCCCCUAUACUGAAAUAAGCACAUUCACAAAAAUUCCUCUCUCAGAUACAUUUGUGCUAUCCUCCUGUUGCUCAUGAGGAAAUAAGACUAUCAUUUAAUACACUCAAAAUGCAUCAAUAACUGCUGUACUUAACUGCAACUCUUCUUUUACCAGUACCAUUGUAUCAAUGCCAUCUUACAAUGCCCCAAGCAGCAAGUCCCAAUGGUAAAAUAAUACUGAUAGAUUUUCUAGUGGUUAGGUGAACAGAAAAGCUUUUUUAAAAAGUAGAAGUAAAUUUGUAUAGUUUUAUUUUCUUUUAGUGCUCUACAACUUGUAAUAAUGAACCUUACUCAUUUCUAUUGCCUUUGUCACUGGAUUUUGUAGAAAAUUCUACUUACAAUCUAUAGGAUUAUUUGGAAAGGAAAAAAGCUUCUGUGUGAAAGUCACUUUCUAGUCUGUUCCACAGCAAUUUCCUAUCACAAAAGAUAUAUUCUAAGUAAGUGUUAAAGAUAUAUCCAUUUGUCUCAGAAAAAAACCCCAACCAACUCUGAAAAUCCCCCCAAACAAUGCAAUUUGUCUGGCUUUCUUCUCUUUAUAGCAAUUUCAGUAGCAGUUACAAUAUAUUGGUUCUUUGGAGGCCGUCUCUUCUCUGCAGGGCCCCAUGGAUUGAGUACAGCUGCAGAGAGCCAUGGAAAUAAUCCCUGCACACAGUCCAUGACUUACACGGGAGUGGUGAUGUUUCUAUAAAUCAAGUGGACACAUUUCAGAGCUAUUGUAAAAUACCUAUUGCAUGUAAUAUUCCUCACCCACAGUAACUCAAUUAUUCAUUGAUGCUCGAUUUGGUACUUCUGUAGCUUAGGAAGCAUAGCAAAAACUACGUGUACCUGGCCAUUUUAAAGAGUAAGAGUAUAUGUUCACCCUGUUUAACACAAUGGACAAAAAUUGAUCCCUGAAGUAAAAUUGAUUAUGCCAAGGAUGAAUUUAGCAUACUAAAAAAUAUGUACUAAUUGAGCAGAAUUGCAGUACUUACAGAUAUUUUAUUUCUGUGGACCUAAUUAGAGUGUCCAUUAACUCCCAUAGUAUACUAGUAUUCAUAUUCUAAAAUCCAUAUGCAUUCUUGACUUUCUGUCAUUUUAUUUCAGAAAUUGCCACUAUGUUUUUAAGAAUUGUGAUGGCUUAAUACAACAAAAAGGAAUGAAAAAAUUUGUGGAGAUUUGGCAUGAUAAAAUGUUGUCUUCUUGAAAACAGCAUUUACUUCAAAAUUUGUACUACUAUAACACAAGCAUUCACAAAACUCAUAAAGCAUUCAGGACUUUAUUAUGAAAUUGAUCUCAGUUUGCAGUAGCCAGCUUUUUAGAGAAGAUACAUACACUCCUGCAAGUCAUCCAUUCUUUAAGGCAUUGCCAGUAUAAUGCUGGUUUGAUUCUGAUUUUUUAAAAGGCAUUGUGUAGCCCAAAACACACAAGAGCAACACGAAUGUAAUGCCUAAUCAUUUUCACAUUCAGAAAUCAAUCUUAUUUCCCUGGGACAGCUUUAGCAGGAAACAGCAGUGUUAAUGUAAUUAGGUUUGAAGGUUAAUUCUUUGUUCGCACGUGUCACGGGAGAUCGCAGCUCACUGUCGGGCUGUGAGCUGACUGUGGAACACCAGCACUGCUCCACAUCCCCUCCGGCACCUGGGGGCGCUUCCUGAGAGCUGCUGCUCUUGCCAUACAUGAACCUUAUCCAUACAAGGGACAGGAGUUGCUCUGUAGCCAUAAAUUCAACUGUAGCCAUAGGCUGGAGAUUUCGGCUGUGCUGUGGGUGAUUCAGACAUCCCUCUUGUCUGUGUCAGCUCUCACAGCAGGCAGAAGUUGCUCUGGCUCUGGGAGCUGGGUCAAUUUGUGCUCUGGAUGGUGUAGGAGAGUCCUAAUUCCUGGUACAUUUGUCACACAUCUUUUAUUUUGCCAUGCAUGCCCUGCAUUUGCCUCAAAACAAUUCCUUGUCAAUUCAUUCAUUAUGUAAUCCAAAAUUUUACUUUAUAGAAGGACAAGGAAGGAAAUGAAUACUCUCCUUUCUUAGGUUUUCUUCUCAUCUCACUUGCUCUGAUAAAACUGAGGCACAAUUGCAUUAAGAAUCAGAAGAGUUAUUACAAAGUAAAUCCAGUUGUGAGGAAAAUUCAUCCACCUGCCAUUUUUUGGGGUAUUUACUGUUAGCUAUAUAGUAGAAGAUCAUGCUACUCUUAUGUAUUUAACACCCUCUCAUUUUAUGUAAAGGCCACACACAGGGCUUUUGCCGAACAUCUGUCUCCGAUCCCGUCUAAGAAGACCGACUGCCAUAAAUCCUAGCUUAUGAAACUCGCAGGUCCAUAAAAUAGUAGCUGGCACAAAGCAAUGGCAUGAUCCUCCAACAUGAUUCUUAGUGAGAGCUGCAUAGAAUGUACAAAAAGGGAUCAAAGAUACACACUGGCAUUUUAUUCUUUUAUCUCUAAACGUGGCAAUUAUAGAGGCUGAAAGCUGGGAGUGAUGCUGGGAGUAAUACAUACCAAAUCCUGUGUUUGGUCACAGAAAAGUCUGUCUUGAAGUGUGGGUUUUAUUUCUUCACUUUUUUCAUUUAUCUCAAUAAUAUGACUGGUCUUAAAAUAGGGACCCGUGGCAUGGAAUUCAAAUGUGAUGACAGCUGAAAAAUAUAGACUCUUUUACAAAAAUCACCUUUUACAAAUGUUUGUGAUUUUGCUGUAUCAUUUUUAAUGAGGUAAAAAAAUCAUUGUAGAAACAAAAGUUGUACAUGCACCAAUAAAUACACAGGCACGCAGCCUGAGAUGGCCCCCUUGCACAUUGCUGAGGGGAAGUGGCAGAGCUGCUCACAGAUUGCAACAGUACCACUCCCCUUCCCUCCUGCAAGGAGUGCCUGCCUACAGAACCAUUCCCCUUGCACUCACCUGGAUGAAGUUAACUUAAGCCACACUAUUGGGAAAGCUUAUGCUUGAAACUCUUUCAAGGGCUUCUUUGAAAGGUUCUUUCUUACCCUGGUUCUUCAGCCUACAUAGCCAAAUUGCUGCAGUUCCCUCUGUUAAAGCCUGUAAAGGUAUUCCAGAUGAACUACUCUAUAUUUCAGAGUGUCAUGAAAUUAUGGCAAGAUAUUUUAUAAUCUCAGCUGUUUACACAGCAAUUUCUGCAUAUGUUUGAGGUAUACAGCAUAGUUGCAUCAACUGAGAGCCUGGACUCUUGGUGGUCUGUGAAGAUUUCUGUCUAGUCCUAACAGAUUUUAAAUUGUAAAUUGAAGUUUCUUUCAUUGCAGAAGCAAAUUCAUUUCUAAGCCAGAGGCUGAGCGACCUCUGAUGCCAGUUCAUAUGAUGGGAAGGAUGGUUGCACAGCAUUGGGGAUGCACCAGCUCACUGCAGAGAUCAUUAAAUACCAAUAGGAGAUGGUGAUGACCGUAGAGAGAGGCAUUUCUUCUCAAAUCCAUGGAUGGAUCGCUUAAUCCUGAUGUCCUCAUGGUCUCUGUUUUGUAACUCCACAGGCUUUUGCAUUGGCAACACACCGCAGUUUUUGAAGACACAAGGCUGGCUGUUGCUAGUUAUCCUAAGAUUUGUAAGAGGUUUCCAAAUAACCAUAGCAAACAAAACUGUGAAUGAUUUGUCAAUGCAAAGUUAAUAAUCUCUCUCUCUCUUGCAUUUAUUGUGUGCUCAUCCCAGGGUUAUCUGAGCUUCCAUACCUGUUCCUGGAAAUAAUAAACCAUUUUAUUAUUGUCUUUAUCUUUUCUUUUCUCCUUUUCAAGCAACCUUUCAAAACAAACAGAAAAAAAAAAUUCCCUUGGAAAUGUGGCACCCUUUUGCCACCAAAUUAAUGAACAGCAGUCUCGUGCUCACUUAUGCAAACUUUUGAAGCUCACAAAGGGCAUGAUGAUUCUGCAAAGAAUGGAGGUGCUGAAAGUAGCUGAAAUAGUAGCAUUCAGUAGCAUUCAGCUAGAGGAUUUCAAACUACCUUCAAACCCUCCUGGACAGGAAAUAAAACACAACCCAAACCAUCUUACUUUGAGUGGUCCUACUUAAGUAUUGAGCAAACUUUAUAAUAAUGGUAAUAAAUUGGUGCUUGAGGCAGUUUCAGCUAUAUUACAUAUUCUCUAUAUACUAUAGAUAUGGAUGUAUUCACCCUCUUUAUUGUAUAUGUAUGUGUGUAUUUACAUGUAGCACACAUACAUUUAUAUUUUAUGUAUGCAUAGAUACUAACUUUUCUACAUUUUACUUCUUUCCCACCCAUAGCUGAAACUGCUUGUUACUAACAUCCACAUCAUAUUCUAUGUAUGAAGGAUAUAAUUUAUUUGUAAACUCAGGAUGUUCUUGUUUUAUAGAGUUGCUUGUAUUUUAUAAUUUAUUUACACAUCAUGGUUGGAAAUGCUUAUCUAAGUGCUAUGCAUUGAAGUGUAUGUUUGCUAAAUCCAUUUCACUCUGUCCAUGGCUAUGUUCUUUCUCAUUAUAACAGUGGUAUAAAAUAGGGCUAAGGAGGGGAGGAAAUGAUAGAUCUAGAAUUUAUGCUGGUCCCAUCACUGGGCAAUUCCAGGAGAGGAUGUAUCAGUAGUAUAUAUAUAUAUAUUUUAUCAACUAAAUUUUAUGGGGAAAAAAGGAGAAAGAAUAGCAUGAGGACAAAUUCAAAAUGUGGAAAUUCACAGCCAUUUCCAAGUUUGUCAACAAAUGCAUUGAACCUUUUGCCAUUAAAAUUGUAAAGUUUAUUGUUUGCUGGCGAAAAAAUAUCCCUUUUGUGGUAUUUGAGGUGUGAAACAUUGUCAAAAAUAUGAUGUCUGGAAAAAAUCAAACUAUAGUGGCAUUAAAUGUUUACUUUUAUCUUACCAAUA